AUGGCCAGGAAUGAUGUCAGUCGCAUUUUGUGGCCUCCAGCCCGCCCCUCAUUUUUGCUGAAGAUACAUGUCCCAGCUGAGGCAACAAUGGAGGGAAUUAAGAGCAUUUCAUCCAUGGGUGUCUACCCCGUGGCCGCCUUCGGUUUGCUGGGAAUCGAAAGAUUGCUUUAUGGAUACGUAUACCACUUCCCAUCGCAUUUCAAGACGGAAGUAAAAAAGGGUACCUUCGGAAAGGCAAUCCAAGAGGAACCGCUGUACUGGAAGUGCUUUAUGCAAUUGGGAAUAUACGUUAAAGUCUUCCAAUACUCGGUCUGCUCCUACGAUCUUCUGAAACGCUGUACCUUGACGAAUCCUAUUUGGGAUGCAGCAAAUGCGGGUGAUUCGAGUGUUUUUCUCGAUCAGGUUACAUCUUCUCAAGGCAAGAACUUUUGGGCAGGAUUGGGCCUCAUUGGUGUUGGACAAUUCUUGAAUUAUUCCGUGUUCAAGGCAUUGGGAGGCAUCGGUGUAUAUUAUGGAUGGGAGCUAGGCUACAAGGUGGAACGUGUCACCGCCUUCCCGUACAACACCGGAAUCAGCGACCCACAAUACUGGGGAGUCCUCUCCACUAUUUGGGGUGUCUACAUCGCUCUAGGUGCAUCAUCAAUGCAAACGGCAUGGAUUGAAACCUUCUGGUACAUUAUGUCCAUGAAGGUGAUUGAAAGCCCAAGAGGCAAGAAGAUCUUGGAGUUUUUGGGCUUCACGAACAUGGGAUAG